AUGAGCAUACACUCAGUCGAUUAUGCACAGCAGGGUCCGACACGACCCGAGGUCGAUGUUGAGGCGGGCCGCCCGUCAGUCAGUUCCCAAGUCGCUCCAACAGUAGGAGAGAGAGAGGGAGCCGCGUCUCCCGCAUUCACCACAGCAGCACGAGUGAACUCCACCGAGACGACAAAACGCCGAGCCAGACGCAAUACCGCCCGCUCAUACCACCCCGAAGGAUUCGCACAAGAUCCCAAUUGGCAACCAGGAACCGAACCCGGCAUUGACCCAACCAAGCCGCUACCGCCGUACACGUCAGAAUGGGCGUCCAACAUACCCGCGGACCUACAACGACGCUGCCAGAUUACGGUGGUGGACUUCUCACAACAUGAAAUGCGACAGUAUGAGUUGGACAAUGACACACUGGAGCAAUUUUUGCAGCGGGAGAAAGAGCCCUGGGUGCAAUGCCGGUGGAUCAAUGUCAAUGGGUUGAGCUGGGAUGUGAUCAAGAUUCUUGGAAAUCAUAAGAGAUUGCAUCGGCUUGCAAUUGAGGAUGUUGUCCAUACCACUAACCGCACGAAAGUGGAUUGGUACUCGGACCAUGCCUUCGUUGUACUGACAUUGCAAAAGUUGGUGAAGAUACAAGAAGAGGACUCCUCUGAUUCGGAAGAUGAGGAGGAAAAUCCAGUCAGUCCAUGGAAGUCAAGGGACCGGAAAAGUUCUGUGGUCAGUGACAAGAGCUCGAUUUCGUUGAGGCGACCCACGAAGUGGAGUGUUAUUAUGGCGGCAUUGAAGGACAUUUUCAGGUUCAGAUCCUCCACAAGACAGGAGCGCAAGGAUAUGGCGAAAUAUGGAUCGAGCGUUCGUCCUGGGCUUGGACAAAAUUCAACACAAAAUUCAACACAAAAUUCCCAUUUUGGAAAUGUUGGGGCCAACACAGACACAUCUGCCAGGAGUCUUCAGCGAUAUCGCGGCGGUCCCAAUGAAGAUCGAAUUGAGUUCAUGGAACGCCAUGCUGCACUUUCUGCCAAAGGAUUAUGUGUCACUUUGGAACAAGUUUCGAUCUUCCUACAUACCGAUAAUGAGGUGACCUCCUUUUUCGAAACGAGCGCGGAUGACAUCGAGUCGCCAAUUGUCAGGCGCCUCAAUACGCCAGAGACUAUCCUUCGACAGUCAUGCGAUGCCAGUAUGCUUUUGCAGGCCAUUCUGGAUGCUGUGAUUGAUCUUGCGAUUCCAGUCACGAUGGCUUAUCAAGACGCCAUCGGAGACCUCGAGCUGGAGGUUCUGACUGAUCCAGACAUUGAACAGUCAAAGUCCUUAUAUAUUUUGACAUCUGAGAUUGCUGUUCUGCGGAACCAUAUGCAGCCUAUAGUGGCUGUGAUUAACGCUCUCCGUGAUCACCGGUCUGAGCCCGUUGGCACACCAGGCUUUGGUGUCCUACGGAAUCCCCUUAGCCCAGUUGCAACUCCUGCAGAAUAUCUUGAUCCCCGCCCACAUAUUGGGACUGUACCGCCAAAUCUGAAGAGUGUUGGAGGCACAGGUGUUACGAUCAGCUCUAUGUGCCAUACAUAUUUGGGCGAUGCCCUAGAUCAUUGCAUUACUAUCGUUGAAGGGUACGAUCAGAUGCGGCGCAACGCUGAUAACAUGAUUGACCUCAUUUUCAACACUAUUGGUGCCUACCAGAACGAAAGUAUGAAGCAGCUUACUCUUGUGACUUGUCUUUAUCUUCCUAUGACAUUCUUGACAGGUUAUUUCGGAAUGAACUUCACGCAUUUCGCGGGAAUCGAACACAGUGAAGGAUAUUUCUGGAAGAUUGCGGUACCGUUCGUCCUCGUUACGAUUUUCUACCUGAUGCGCGACAAAAUCCAACGCUACGCUGUCAUGCUUGCUCAGCGACGUUUGAUUGUUAGCUCGAGGAAGCAGAGACAAGAGAGGACGAAGAAAUAG